CUCAUUCUCCCCCCUCCGCGAAAGGGUGUGCGUUUUGAAAGGUUGUAUUUAUCUCACUAACGUCACUUUACAGGAGUACAUUGGCGGAGUGAUAACAUCAGAAGUCACUGUCGGAGCCACGCAUCCUCAUACUGACUGAGUUCAAAGAAGGUCGUGUUCUGUCCGGGACAGGGUACGGCGGCAUACACCCGAUGCAUGGAAUGGAGUUCAUAUAUCUCGGAUCCCCCACAAAUGCAACGUGACAGUUCUAAACGUUUAAUUCAAGGUCAAUAUUGGACUUCGAUCAGCUGUAACCGCGGACAUUGUUGAGGAUAUUUAUCUUCUUGUGGAACCGGAAUUGUAUGAGCAGCAUCUUUUUCCCGGUCGGCGGUGAGCAAUGACAUAUUUCACCGAAGAGGUUAACCUACGCUCCCAGUAUCUAAAAAAACAUUUCGGACCAAGUGUUCAAUUAAAAAAUGUGCUAUUUAGGAGAGGAUAUGUAACUAGCUAACUAACAUAGCACUGUAGCCGUGUCUUGAGCUCUCCAGGUCCGGUGUACCUUCGACGUUUCCUGAUUUCACGAAAGGUGUUAGCCAGCUUGCCACAGUACCUGGAACUGCUGCAUCCAUCUCAAAUAGCUCACUAAAGUUUCCUAGCUAGCCAGCCAAUUGUCGAACAUGGAUAUUUUGUGGGUCAUUUGGAAAACCACUUGCUAGUGAGGAAAGUGUGUUCAUUACACAAAUUAUUUAAGUUUAAAAAAACGAAUUUCAACAUGUCUGUUCGCGUAGUUUUACACUCACCCAGUGGCUCCAGAAGUUUUCUGGAGCGGGGACUCCUACUUCUGGUGAUGUUGAUCUUUCUGGAGGGUACCGCACUGACGCUUGGAGCUGCCAGCUCACCGGACAUCAGCGCGCAGGACAACACUGGAGGACACGAACACCUCGACGACCACCAAGGGAUAGCAGGCAGCAACGACCGUACUAACUACACAUACACAAAAAAGGCCUUCCCUGUCCUGUCUCUAGAUUACCAUCACAUACAGGUGCCUUUCGAGAUCUCUUUAUGGGUGCUGCUGGCCUCUUUAAUGAAAUUAGGGUUCCACCUGAUCCCACGGCUGUCCAGCAUCGUGCCCGAGUCCUGUCUGCUCAUUGUGGUGGGCCUCCUGGUCGGUGGCCUCAUCAAGCUGGCGGGCGAGGAGGUACCACCCGUGCUGGACUCCAACCUCUUCUUCCUGUGCCUCCUCCCCCCGAUCAUCCUGGAUGCGGGCUACUUCCUGCCCAUCCGGCCCUUCAUGGAGAACAUCGGCACCAUCCUGAUGUUUGCCGUGGUCGGCACCCUGUGGAACGCGUUCUUUGUAGGGGGUCUCCUCUACGCCGUGUGCCAGAUCGAGGGAACAUACCUGAGCCAGGUGGAGCUGCUGCCCUGCCUGCUGUUCGGGAGCAUCAUCUCGGCCGUGGACCCGGUGGCCGUGCUGGCUGUGUUUGAGGAGAUCCACAUCAACGAGCUGCUGCACAUUCUGGUAUUCGGAGAGUCGCUGCUCAAUGAUGCCGUCACUGUGGUCUUAUACCACCUGUUUGAGGAGUACUCUGGUGCAGGUGAGGUAACGCCGAUGGACGUGGUCCUCGGGGUCAUCUGCUUCCUGAUUGUGUCGCUGGGCGGCAUCGCCGUGGGUGCCAUCUACGGUAUCCUGGCGGCCUUCACCUCCCGGUUCACCUCGCACACCCGCGUCAUCGAGCCCCUCUUCAUGUUCGUUUACAGCUACAUGGCUUACCUCUCGGCGGAGAUGUUCCACCUGUCUGGAAUUAUGGCGCUGAUUGCGUGUGGCGCGGUGAUGCGUCCCUACGUGGAGGCCAACAUAUCCCACAAGUCCCACACCACCGUCAAGUACUUCCUGAAGAUGUGGAGCAGCGUGAGCGAGACCCUCAUCUUCAUCUUCCUGGGCGUGGCCACGGUGGCCGGGCCGCACGCCUGGAACUGGACCUUUGUCUCCGUCACCGUCAUCCUUUGUCUGGUGUCACGUGUCAUUGGCGUGGUGGGCCUUACCUUUAUCAUCAACAAGUUCCGCAUCGUCAAGCUGACCACCAAGGACCAGUUCAUUGUGGCCUACGGUGGCCUGCGAGGGGCCAUCGCCUUCUCCCUGGGCUACCUGCUAGACAAGGACCUCUUCCCCAUGAGGACCAUGUUCCUCACCGCCAUCAUUACCGAAAUCUUCUUCACCGUGUUUGUACAGGGCAUGACUAUCAAACCCCUGGUGGACCUGUUGGCUGUGAAGAAGAAGCAGGAGGCCAAGCGCUCCAUCAAUGAGGAGAUCCACACCCAGUUCCUGGACCACCUGCUGACUGGCAUUGAGGACAUCUGUGGACACUACGGCCAUCACCACUGGAAAGACAAGCUAAACCGCUUCAACAAGAAGUACAUAAAGAAGUGCCUGAUAGCGGGCGAGCGCUACAAGGAGCCGCAGCUCAUCGCCUUCUACCACAAGAUGGAGUUCAAGCAGGCCAUCGAGCUGGUGGAGAGCGGCGGGGGCGUCAAGCUGCCCUCCGCCGUGCCCUCGCAGGUCUCCAUGCAGAACAUCCAGCCCAAGAAGCUGCCGCCCCCUGUAGCAGAGCGGGCCCUGCCUCAGUUCACCAAGGGCCGUGAGGAGGAGAUCAGGAAGAUCCUCAGGAGUAACCUGCAGAAGACCCGCCAGAGGCUGCGCUCCUACAACAGACACACUCUGGUGGCCGAUCCCUUCGAGGACGGAUGGAACGACUUCCUCCUGAAGAAGCAGAGGUUGAUCGAGCUAGAGAAGAAGAUGACAGAGAUGAGUAACUACCUCACAGUCCCUGGCGCAAUUCCCGACUCCCCCACCAUGUGCAGAGCCAGACUGGCCUCAGACCCCAACGCCUUCUACAACAUCAAGGCGUCUUCAGACGGCGUCCCCACCAUCCAGGUGGACCUGGCCUCCCCCCAGUCCCCGGACUCUGUCAACAUGCUGAACGAGUUCUCCAAGGAGGGUGCCACGGGCCAGAGCCUGGGUCAGAGGGAGGGUGCCACGGGCCUGGGUCAGAGGGAGGGGGCUGACCGGGAUGAGGACCAAGGCCUGAUGAUGAAGCCGGCCGGGAAAGGGGAGAAGGGAGAGGGGGGCAACAAGAACCCAGGGCUGAUGAGGUGUCUGAGUGACCCGGGACCCAGUAAUGAGGACGAGGAGGAUGAACCAUUCCUUCCCUAAAAAAAACAACUAGCUCCUCCCAUUGUGAGGAAUAGGGAGGGGCCUGGUUGUAGCGGCUCCUCCCCAUGAGUGGGGCACUACAGGGGAAAGGUCCACCUCCUCUCACUCCACCACCACCUCAUUUGAGUUUGCUAUCCCAUUGGUUGAGGAACCAAUAAAGCCAAAACUGUUAAGAAAGGACUUGGGACAUAACUUGAUUUAUGAACCAAAAGAAAAAAGGAGAUUAAAUAGCCAUCUUUUUUCAAUAGUUGUCAUUGCUCUUUUUUCGUUGUUUAAGUGAUAGGAAGGCAGUCGCCACCUUGGGUGAUCUUGGGCUUGGUGGGAAUUAUCCCGAGAGACAGGGGAACAUAAUUAUGCGUUACCAAAGGGUUGGACUGGUUUAGUCACAGACAAUGUUCCACAUUUUGUCUUCAUAACGUUUACGAUCGUUCUUCUACUUUCAAGAAAAAUUGGCCUCAUUUUUUUUUUUUGUCAGACAGAGUAAACCCCUUUUCACUAGGUGCAUUGUAUCACACAAUUAACCUCUUAAACGGCAUUUUUUUAAUUUCAGGGUUGAUACGAGGCUGUUGUUUAUGUGGUUGUCUUUUGUCAUCGUUUGUCCUUCAGUUGGUCAGGGUUCUACGUGGUGUACUCGGUGCUGUACACUGGAUGUACUUCACACUGGAUGUUUUCACUGUGCUAAACUCGACAGACCUCUUCACCAACUCGCCUAUGGAGACCCUAAGUCUAAGGAAUGUGUCAAUGCGCCACACUUGGAAAUGUUGCAUCGCCGUUUCAAGCGUCGCCUCUCUAUUUUAAACGAACAUACAAAAUCGGCAGCAUGGCUGAGAUGUGUAUGCUGUGCAGUAGAAGAUCAUUUACAUAAAAGAAGGAUUGUGAUGCAACACCAAGAGAUUUGUUGAUCUUGAAUGGAAAUCCCCUAUAUAAGCCAAUCCCUAAAAUCACACCAAAUACUGUAAUACUCCUGACACCCAGCCAAAAAAAACUGUUUUGGGUUCAAAUAAUUUACAAAGACAAAUUUGUAUGUGCACUGUAGUGGACAUAAAAAAAAAAGUUGAUAGUAAAUAUGAAAAAUGUAUAUUACAGUAAAUGGGUACAGUAGGUAAACAUAUUUGCCACAUUCUGAUGUCUACUACAGAGGGCAUUUAUAAACGAGCUCUUAUUUAGCUCGUAUUGAAUUUGGAAAAGAAUGGUUACACUGCUCUGAAAACCAUCCACAUUCUUUAAGAUAUUUACUAGAAGGAAUUUGAAUUCAAACUCACAAAAAUUACAAUUACACAAAUACAUACACUUACCUUCUUACCACAGCAUAUGCGAAUUGUGUUGGCAGCCAUUUUGAAAAUCCAGGAAGAGAACGUUAUCUAGGCCACACCCCCACUCAUGUGAUAUCAUUGGAUAAACCCAGAAUGUCCUACAACAGGACUUAACGCAGUGGCAUGUCAAAGAGUGACGAAAAAUUAAUUGUUGGGUCUCAGGAGGAUAUUUUACAAGUUUCCUUUAAGAAAAGGCUCUAGUAUGGGCCAUUUCAGAACCAUUUUGUGGUGUUUUCUCCAUAUUCUCUUGUUGGUAGUCGCAUCUUACAAUUCAUGUUGCAUCUUAUGGCUCUGAUCUAUUGUUCUUUUCUCACUUUGCACCUUAUUCACAUCAAGUAUUUUAGACAUUUUUAAAAGACCCUGUUGCCGGUUUAACGUUCCUCAUUUGGUUUUUAGCGCUCCCCUUUUGAAAAUGUAGUGUUCCAUAGCCAUUUUGGAGUUUUAGGCAUCACUGUGAAGGAUAUGAGGUGUGGGUGGACUGAACGGUUCUUUGUCGUCUAACCACCUCAAUGACCCAGAAUAUAUAUUUACGCGUCCACCAUCACAGGUAUGUUGACUUUGUCAAUCCACAACAGACACAAUCAUGACACGCGGGUUAACAUUCACAUGAAACACUUAUAGACAUUUAGCCAGCUAGCUUUUGCUAGCUAGUUUAUCCUAGGAGAUGGACAUCGGGUUGUUAUUUUACCUGACAUGCAUACGGUCCGAUUAUUAGCUGGUUCUUUGUAGAAUUUUGACCCGGAGUCAUACAAAAUCGUGCCUCUCUACUCCGAUUAAUCCACAGGUAAAAAGGGAAACCUAGUUCAUUUUUUAGUUCGUUAUCUCUAGUUAAUCUCUCCUCGUUUAGUCUUUCAAGCGUUCGCGUGGGUUUGUAUCUUCCUGAUAUCCAAUAAGGAGGGGACUUGCAGUGCGACCAAUGGAACCAAGUUCCAUUUUAGCGCUUGGCUACGCAGACACUUGGUCACAUACGCAAGCACCAAAUGCCCGAUGAGGUUUGCAUGUUAUUUAAAAUGCUGGCCUGGAGAUACAGGCAUGUGCAGAAGUAGCAGUUCAAUGCAGUAUAUUGGUGUAAAAUGCGUAUAGCGAUAUAUUGAUUAUAACCAUUUAAUUGAAAAAUGCCCUUUUAAAGCAUAUGCCAUGAUGUGAUCUUGUCAAUGCAAACGAAGAAGUCAUCACGGGCUAGCUAGUUGUAAGUAAAUUCACAUCUGAACGCAAGAGCCAUCACCUAUUCUGCUCGCACAACAGCGUAAGGCUAAUCUAGGGUUUGUAUAAAACUAUGAAAACCUUGUCAUGUACAGUAUAUGGUUGUAUAGGUAUUAUGUAUACAGUGCAUUGCUUCUCUUUUCUACACCAAGCCUUAGGAUCAAUAGGAACAAUUGAAUAAUUGAUUUGAAAAGGCUGUUAGCUAUAUUGUCAAUGUGAUUACUGUUGUUCAUCGAUCUGAACAUCUCAACGGGACAUUCAACCACUUUUAGGUGCAAAGUAAAAUGCACCUAACAUUGAUUCAAUAGCGUAGCAACCCCUCAUCCCACCUACUGUACAACCAACUUUAGCUGGAGUCUGUAACUGUCUCAACUAGAGAAGCCUAAGAUGUCCAAGACCGUGGCCUAGUUUGCUGGCUGUCACCUUGGUGUUAGAAUGACCCUUGUCCCUCUCUGACCUCUGUGUGCUAUCACUUUAUGCCCAGAUAGUGAGAGAGGGGUCUCCUUACAGCUUAGGAGAGAGAGGUCUCCUUACAGUUUAGGGGAGGAGAGAGAGAGAGAGAGGUCUCCUUACAGCUUAGAGGAGGAGGGAGGAGAGAGAGAGGUCACCUUACAGCUUAGA